AUGGCACACGAUGAGCAACACGAGAAUCGCGAAAACAGAACGCCACGAGAUAGCGAGAAGAACACAGAUCACGCAGAAGUGAGAAAAGCAGAAUCAUUACCGAAGCCCGAAAACCAAGAAUAUGCAGGCGACAAGUUCUCACCCUACGACAUGUCCAGUGCACCCAAGGUUUCCACCGGCCUCCCACCCGAGAUAUGGACCAUAAUGCAAUCUGCGCCGGCAAAUCUUGCGCCUGAGUACUUUCUCGAAACCAGUCGCGACCUGCUCGAGAACCCCAAUCGAACCUCAACCCAUCUUGCGCGCGCAGAGCUUUCCUACCAAAGUUUCACAGACGCAACAUACAACCCCAAGGCCAGUACCUCAGAGGAACUGGCGAGUAUUGUCAAGCAUCUACGACCAGAAUGCCGACCGCAACUGAUCGAUGGAGGUAUAGAAGGGUACGAGCUAGAGUACACGGUUGUGCGGAAACUCAUACCUCGGAAUCCGAAGUUGGAUGACUCGCUGAUGCAGACUUGUCAUCUGUUUGUAUCGCACGAGGAUGUCACUAUCACGAGUGCAGAUGAGAAAAAGGAGACUGUUAAAGCAGAGCGGUAUAUGGUUGUAUACAUACCUCAUGCUGCAACGCCAGAAGCCAUUCCCUACUAUCACCCCAAAGUCCGCUCGUUGGCCAUGCUAUAUACAUACUUUCCAUCCACCUCUAAAUCAUCUCAUACAUCUCUGGUCUCCGCACCCGGGCACCUGUCUAUUCAUUACUCCCUCUUCCCUAGCCAACCUCUCGAUAACCGCCUCUCCCGCACUGGUCUCAAGCUUCUGGAAGUCAUACACAAACACUCGCGCGGUCGGCAAGCUGGGUACAAGAAGCGCGUUCAUCACGAUCAAGUCAUCAGUCAAAAGAGGUUCCAGGACACGUAUGCAUUCUUGAAGGGCAAGUAUGCAAAAGAUCUGAUCGAAGGAUGGGUGGAGCAGACGCCUGCCGAGAAACAUGUUUUCGAAGACUUGGGUAUUGCUGCCUUCCUCAUGGAACUAUGGACGGAGAUGUACGGCCCCAUGAACGACGCGGUCAAGCAUGUCAACGACUUGGAAGAGAAGGAAGAUGCAGCAAAGCAAAAGACCACAGUAGCACAAGCCAGCUUCCCAGGCUUCGUAGACAUUGGCUGCGGAAACGGGCUACUCGUCCACAUCCUCAACGCCGAAGGCUGGCAUGGCUGGGGUUUCGACGCCCGAAGGAGAAAAACAUGGGAAGCCUUUCCACAACACCACACCGAGAAAUUACAAGAGAUGCUCCUCGUACCUGAGAUCCUCCAACCACCUCCCUCAGACACAGAUACCCCCUCAACACCCCAUCACAACGGCGUCUUCCCACCCGGUACCUUCAUCAUCAGCAACCACGCCGACGAACUCACCCCAUGGACACCGUUGCUGGCGUACCUCAAUUCAUCUCCUUUCAUCGCCAUACCAUGUUGUUCACAUGACUUUGGCGGAACGAGAUUUCGCGCGCCGGCGCAUGCAAAACACGUUAUGCCUGAUCCCAUGACGGCGGAUUCGAAGAAGCCCAAGCAACCCUCUGCGUAUGCUAGUCUGUGUAGUUGGGUGUGCCAUCUAACAGAGGAAACGGGGUUUGUGGUUGAGAAGGAGCAUCUGAGGAUUCCUAGUACGAGGAAUAUCGCUGUGCUGGGGAGGGCCCUGCUGAAGCAAGAGGGACGCGAGGAUGGCCAGGCGAGUGUAGAGGAGAGACUCGAGUUUUUGAGGGUAUUGGUGGAGAAGGAAUCAGGUGGGCAGCCGAUCGGGCAAACUUGUGUUAAUUGGAUGCAGAGCGGUGAUGGGUUGAUGAAGACUGGAAAGGGCGGACAUUGA